UUUUGAUAAUUUACAUUUUCUUCUAAUUAAUUAAUUAUUAUUUGCAAUGAGUUUCAUAGAUCCACGUGUCGCCGAAUGGACGGAUCCACCCAAACCGAUGCCUGAUGACUUUGAAAAUUUUGUGCCCUGGGCCUGUAGCCAAAUGCUUGUUGAAACCAAAGUGGUGGUCACCAGGUUUACACAAAGUGAAUACAUAAGUGUAAAAUCCACCCCAACUGGAAAAACAAAGAAAUCAAAAGGACCAGCACACAUAAACAGCAGUACAGACACAGUUAAUGAACAAAAAUUUUCUACCAUGCCAGCAAUGGAUUCAGACUCUAAAAUAGGCAUUGACGCCAUCUACGAUACCAGUCACAACUUGGUUCAAAUAAAAUUCCUCAAAAACCAAACUAUACCGAGAAAAGUAUUCAAAAUUAUUGGUCUAAUCAUCCGCUUCCAAAAAUAUUUAAAUUCUAUAGUAAUCAACAGUGGUCUGACGUGCGAAAUUAUACACGAAAUAGCUAAGAUCCUACCUUUAUCCCGAAUCACAGAAAUAUGUCUCGAUCAUUCGUAUAUCAAGGAAGCCAAUUACGAUAUUUUGUUAGAGCAGGGCUUUAUAAAACAUCUCUCCUUGGCAAGAUGUAGAAUAAACGACGUAAUAGUAAAAAAUAUAGCUUCGAAACUAUGCUAUCAACAAAAAGCAGCAAAAACACUGAUUGCUUUAAAUUUAGCAUCGAACCGCAUCACAGAUGUAGGUGCUCAAUACUUAGCUGAUGCAUUAAGGUCUAACAGACAACUCGGUUAUUUAAACUUAUCCGAUAAUAUGAUAAAUGAUGUAGGAGCACUAAGUAUAUUUAAUGUACUUAUGGAGUUUCCACUAACGAGUUUGGAAGACCACAGCAGAAAAACAAGACUUAUGAUCUACUUGCACAGGAAACUAGAUUUAAUCAUCAAAAAAACUAAAGAAGUGAGAGCAUCUGAAGACAAGAAAAACUUAAAAAGGAGGGUGACUAAAACUAUAGUGAUGGCAAAAAAGAAAAAUUGGGAAAAGGAUAAUAACUCUGGUUCUGGGACAGCCCAGCAUACAAGGAGUAUACCGAACAUUGAACCACUGUUCAGUGAUAAAGCGGCAAAUAUUGUGGAAGAUAUGAUUGGCCCAUUUGUUGAUCCAUUCGAUGAUUCGAGUAUUUUUGUUAAGGAUCAUAAAACAUACUGUUACGGUAAUAAUGUACUAUGCCAUUUAAAUAUGGCGUAUAACAAUCUCACUUAUAACAGUAUUAAAAAGCUUCGUAAUGUUGUAAUGUCACAACACGUACACGGUAGGAAGCCUAGAGGUCUAAUCAAUGUGAGACUCGAAGGAAAUUAUUUGCCGAUAUCCUGUAAAGAAUUGACAGAAAUUGAUGACAUGCUUGAAUCUGGUCUUUCAGAGACUACAAGACCUUCGGAAGCCAAGAAGAGAGUUUCCAAGGUAGGCAGUGCUAAAAGCACGGGUAUUUUUUGA